GGAGGAUUGACUAAGGGGAGCUUUUGGUAGGCACACUCCUUCACUCAGUCACUCUCCCCUAGCCAGUGACAUCCAGGACUGCAAACAUUUGCUGCCUGCCAGGACCCCUCCUCUCAUACCAGGAUGACCCGCACCCUCUGCUUCAGCUUCCUCCUCCUCCUCCUCCUCCUGUCCAUCACCAGUCCCGCUCGCGCUGAACCGCGGAGGACCACGACCUCUCAACGCAGGAUGGCGCGCGCGCCCGCCGCCAAGGUGCGUCUCGCGGGAAACUUUGCGCGAGAGCCGCACGAGGGUCGCGUGGAGGUGUUGCACAAUAACACCUGGGGGACCGUGUGCGACGACGAGGUGGACAUCAAACUGGCCAAUGUGGUGUGCCGAGAGCUGGGUUACCAGGGUGGCAUCACGUGGGCCCACAGUGCCAAGUAUGGAGAAGGAGAAGGACCAAUAUGGAUGGACAAUGUACGCUGCGACGGCUCUGAGAAAUCCUUGAAGGACUGCAAGCACAACGGUUGGGGGGUGAAUGACUGUAAACAUACAGAAGACUUGGGGGUGGUGUGCACCCCUGAGCGCAGGUUGGAUCAGACCGCCAGUCGAGGCCACACCACCCUUAGGCCCCACAGCAACACCGCACCCCAGUGGCAGGGCCAUGUGUCCACCCGCAGGCACCCUGGAUAUGGCUACUAUGGAAAUGGACAUCCAUAUGAGAUACCCAGGUUCCACAGACACCAGCAGUACCCGGGUCACAGUAAGGUGCGGAUCGAGGAAGUGCGUCUCCGGCCUAUCCUCAUGGCUACCAAGAAGAAGAGCCUGAUGACUGAGGGUGUGGUGGAAGUGAAGCAUGCUGGGAGAUGGAGGCAGGUCUGCGACUUGGGUUGGAGUUUGAACAGCAGUCGAGUUGUGUGCGGGAUGCUUGGCUUUCCAGAGGCUACCCAGCACAAUGUCAAAACAUAUAAGAAAAUAUGGGAUACAAAGGUUGCUGAUCCUUCAACAAGACUGAGCAUCAUGGCAAAGAAGAAGGGAUUCUGGGUAGAAAAGGUGCACUGCCUGGGCACAGAGAACAGCCUGUCCGAGUGUCACGCUCAGCUUUCGAUCCCCCGUAGCCCCACCCCCUGUAAGAACGGCAGACAUGCAGUGGUCAAGUGUGUCGCAGGGCCGCAGUUCGCCCGCAUCUCCUCCGGAAGACCCCAGGCUCCGUACCCAGUUGUGCCUGUGCGUCUGAAGGCAGGACCCAGGUUGGGCGAGGGUCGUGUCGAGGUUCUCCGAGAUGGAAAAUGGGGAACCAUCGUGGACCACAAUUGGGACAGAUCUGCAGCCAGCGUGGUGUGCAGAGAGCUGGGAUUUGGAACUGCUAAGGAUGCACUGCAUGGAGCCUUCAUGGGACAAGGCACAGGACCUAUCCAUAUGAACAACGUCCAGUGUAUAGGGAACGAGCGCUCCAUUCUGGACUGCUACUUCCAGGAGGUCCCACCAUGGACAUUCAAACACAGCCAGGAUGCCUCAGUGCGCUGUAACGUUCCCAAGACAGGCUCAGAAAACACAGUACGACUUGCAGGUGGCAGAGUCCCCUCAGAAGGCAGAGUAGAGGUGCUGAUGGAAGUUGGGGGACGUAAGCGCUGGGGGUCUGUGUGCAGUGAGAACUGGGGCAUCAACGAGGCCAUGGUGGUGUGUAGACAACUGGGACUGGGAUUUGCUGCCAGUGCUCAUCAGGAGACCUGGUACUGGACUGGUGACCCAAAUGCAGCUGAAGUGAUUCUCAGUGGAACUCACUGCGUUGGCACCGAGCUGUCAGUUCAACAGUGUCGCCGUAACAACCAUGUCCAUUGUCCUCGAGGAGGUGGUACUAAGGCCGCUGGAGUCAGCUGUUCAGACACUGCACCUGAUCUCGUACUGGACGCCCAACUGGUCCAGGAGACGGCCUACCUAGAAGACCGACCUCUACACCUGCUCACAUGUGCCAACGAGGAGAACUGUCUGUCAUCUUCUGCUGCGAGGAUGAACUGGCCCUAUGGUCAUCGCCGUCUGCUGCGCUUCUCCUCCCGAAUCAUGAACUUGGGUCGUUCUGAUUUUAGACCUAAAGCAACAAGAGAGAGCUGGACAUGGCAUCAGUGUCACAGGCACUACCAUAGCAUCGAGGUAUUCACGCAUUACGACCUGCUGACUCUGAACGGCUCGAGGGUUGCAGAGGGACACAAGGCCAGUUUCUGCCUGGAAGAUACUUACUGCCCUGAUGGAAUCCAGAAGCGAUUCUCCUGCUACAACAUGGGUGACCAGGGUAUCUCUGUGGGCUGCUGGGAUACGUAUCGCCAUGACAUCGACUGUCAGUGGGUCGACGUGACAGAUGUACGACCAGGAGACUACAUCUUCCAGGUGGAAGUCAAUCCCUCAAUGGACAUGGCGGAGUCUGAUUUCAUGAACAAUGUCAUGAGAUGUCGGUGCAAAUACGACGGGCACAGAGCUUUCAUGUAUGGAUGUCACGCGGGAGAUGCAUAUAGCGCAGAGACCGAAGACCUGUUCGAGCACCAGAGGCAAAUCACCAACAACUUUGUGUAGCUCGUCCCGUCUCUCAGACCAGUGCGAUGACCCUCCUCUGGGGUCCAGAGACUACUCAGGGUGGGCUGAUGUCAAUGGCCCCAAGUCUUUGGGACCUUAGGACCCACAGCAAGACACAAAAUGGUGCCUGUCCAUUUCUUUGGCAGAUGUAGCUCAAUACUCAAAAAACAUCACAGAAGUGACCCUCGCAGAGACUCCAUUCUCAACUUGAACAGCCACUGACAACAAGAGAAGAACAGGUGCCAUUUUUUUUUAUUCUAGUUAAUUAAGAAAAUAUUGGGUUUUGAUUCAAAGUAAUUAGUUUUGUGAAUGUGGACGACUAAUGACUUUAAUUAGUUAAUCAAAAUACUAAGAAACGAAAACUUUACUGUUUGUCAUUACAGCGGUUUUGUUGUUUUGUUGCUCUGUUGGGAAAUCUCAAGACUAAAGGAUCAGAAAAACACACAAAAAAAAAAAGUUUGCAUAAUUUCUGUUGCGAAAGACUGAGAGCUGCACAAAUAGUAUGAAGUACUAUGAUUGGCUCUGUUGGGAUUAUUUUACCUAAAUUACUGUUACUAUUCUUAUUGGAUCAUUUGGAAUUAUUGUGCUUUAUAUUAAUACUGGUGCUCCUUAACAAUACUGUAUGUCCUUAUAUUAACCUCACUAUGUUUCAGGUGAACAGUGUUGUAUUAUGCAUUUUGGGUUGUAUUUUCAACUAGGCGUUUUAUUCUCUCUUUGGUUUAAACACAAUAAUUAUUUUAUAAGGGAAAAAAAUACAGGUUCUGCUUCUCAUCUAGAAUAGAUCUGAAGAGGUCCAAUUAUUUUUAAUGGAACAAAGCACUUUAUCUUUGAAACAUCAGUAUUUUAAUCUUGGCCCAAUACACUUUUAAUCUUAAAUUAUACAAAUUGAUAUUUCAGGGUUUUUAUUGAAAUGAUACUUUAGUUUGUUUUAACAUUUCAGUAAGUGAACUAUAAAGUUUGUUUUUAGUUUUCAUUUGCAAUGUACUAUUUAUGCUGUAACAUUAUUUAUUCAUGGGUUUUACACAUACAUGGCAUGCUCAGUAAGGCUUUGUUAGCUUUUAAUUUACAAUAUUCUGUUGUUUUUUUUUUGUUUUUGUUUUUUUUUAAAUGUAAUUUAACCAGAGAGGAAAAAAUUAUCUCAUAGGUACAGUACAUAUUAACUUUCCAAUGAUGCAGUUGAAUAUUUGAAGAUUUAUUUUAUUUUAGUUAUUAAAACAACUGUAACUGUAGAGUUGUUCUCUUCCAGUCGCUCUGAUGGGAGAGAAAAAGCCUGACAAAACCACAGUAUUGUGGUAGGCAGGCAGGCUGGGUUCUGAGACCAUAUAAAAAGCCUUUUAAUUACGUCUGUUUGGGUUAGACUUAAGGUUACGGUUAAGGUUAGGCUAUAGCAUGUGCUUUAUAAAGAAACACUAUGGAGUUGUUACUUAUGGAAUCACAGACAUAAAAGGAGAAAGAAUCUGGAUUUACAUUUCUACUCCAGCUCAGAAACGCUCUGAAUUUCUGACGGAUCGAGACCAGAGAGACGAGCACUGAAAGAAGUAUAAGGAAGUAAGACAGAAAGAUGGAAAAAGAUGAAGUUUGGAGAAAGACUUAUGCAGACAUACAGUUUUUACUACCAGAGCUGCCUUAUGAGGCCGUACAGAGACCACAAGCUGGCAUGUUCAGCUCUCCAAAGAGAACAACAUGUUUGUCUGAGAGAAAAAAUAAACUCAAUUCAGGCUUCAUCACAGUAAACAGUGGCCUUAUUUAAAGUGAAACCCCGACCUGCUAAAACAUACCGUAUCUUUUCUACAUCUUUGCUGAAUAAGUCACUUCUCUUCUCUUUACCAAAAAAUGAUGCAACUUCAUUUGCUUUACAACAUGGAACUUGUGUUAAUCCAGUUUUUUUAAGCCCAUUAAUGUGUUUGAUGUGUUUGGCUUAUUGUCCUUAGUGGUUAGACCUGUUAAGUCCUCUAAUGGACGGUUUCUGGGACACAAAGUGGAAAGGACACGUCACUCAUAAAGACGACUGUAGACUUAAUUAAUUCCUUUAGCAGAUUGUCUUCUUCCUUACUGGGCCUUGAUGAUUUUUACUCCACAAAUGAGACUUGGAAAAACUGUAGCGCUUUUUUUUUUUCUAGAAUUACCUUUUAUUACAUUGCAUUGCAAACCUACCUAAAAACAGCCUUCCAUAUUAAAAGAACAAAUUAGUAGUGUAACAUGAGUGUUUGCUGACACUUUUCUGUUGUUUUGUGGUUUUGUACAGUUGGUAUUUACAUAUUACCAUGGACUUUUCUAUGUGUUAUUUAAUAUUUUAUGCCAAUCCAUAUCUUGGUUUAUAAUCACCAGAUUCAUCAUAUUACUGUAUUGUACCCAUGCUAAAAGCAUAGUAUUGGGAUAUUAUUUUCCAUGGCCAGUUAUGCUUUUAUUAUUUUGUCUUUAAAGCUGAGAGUGUGAGCUACAUGGUGCUUAUCUACAAUCAUAUUCAUAGAAAGCUGUGCUCUCAGGGACUUUGACCUCAUCAAGAGUAAAAAGAACAUUUUAUAUGUGAUGUGAUUUCGGUUUCUUUCAGCUGUGGUGCAUAAUGACUAAAGCAAAUCUGUACCCACAUGUUUUUUGUUUUUGUUUUUUUCUUGCUGGCAGAAACAUUUUGGUAUGAAGUGAUAAGCUUUGCUACCCUUUUUCUCGAGAAAAGUUAGGAUAACUGUGGAUAGACACUGGCUGAGUCAGAGGCAAGUUUCAGUUUAAGAACAAAUCACAAUCCAUUCAUUCAUCAUUACUGUGAAUCAAUAAAACUUCAUCACAUACAAAGCUGU